AUGCCCGUCAAAUGGCUUUUGUAUUGGAAACCAAAUCAAGGAUCAACUCUUAACAGCCAAAUCCUAAAGGAAGCUACAAAAUGCGUAGAGAGCCUCAAUGGCGUCAAAAAAGAAAAAUGGAAAGCCACUCUCGAGUAUUACAAGCCCUUCCUGCGAGACGAGUCUAAUCGAGCGGAGUUCCCUAAUGAAGUUGUGGGGGUUUCGCUUCCAGAGGAGCCAAGUAAGUACUAUUUCAUCAUCAGGACGCAGAGGAUCGUCAUGGAGGCAGAUUUGUCGUUUCAACUGAUCGUCCAGAAGCUCCAAUCUUACACAUGCAAGCUCUCGUUUGACUUUGAAGGGUUUCAGUAUCAACUUGGUGAUUUUCGAUUGAGAGUUGGUAAAGUUAUUCCUACACAUGCCCUGACCGUUAGAGGCAUAGUCAUGGAGGUAACAAAUGUUAUAGCAUUUGAGUAA